AUGAUUCUCUGGGCAUUUGUUACUGUUCUUUGUAUUGCAUGCACUGCACAUUCACGUAUUGAUCAGCCAGAUAAAGUCAUGACUGUGGAACUUGGCAACACUGUGACUCUGCGGUGUAUUUCAUGUAAAAAUAACAUUUUUUGGUUCAAGCAAGUUGCUGGUCAACAACCUCGAGUCAUAUCAGCAUUUCAUAAACUGUCAGAGCCCAUUUUUUACAACAAAUUCAAAAAUGAACGUUUUGAGGGCAAAAGACUGAGCUGCAGCAUCAAUCUGACAAUCUCAGACAUCAUUCAGUCAGAUGAAGCAGUGUACUAUUGUGCAUCAAGAGAAUAUUAUGUUGAGUUUGGAAGUGGAACACAUCUGAAAAUUAAAGGUCAUCAAGCUUCAUCUAAGACCUCAAGUUUGGAUCAUCUGAACAACUCUGAACAAAAAUGCGAUGUGAACAGCACAACAGAAAUGUCAAGUGUUUCAGAAGAAAGGCUCUCUCCAGCAAUGCUUGGUUUGGCGUGUGCUUUAGGACUUUGUGGAAUGCGAAGCUCUAGACAAGACAAUCAAAUCAGAGGGCAUGCGAAUGCUCAGGACCCUGAUGGUGAAAAUGUGACAUAUGCAGCUUGCAAUUCACUCAGAAAAACAUUCAAUCUGGUGGAAAACCUCAGCAGAGAGUGCACUUGAAUAUAUAGUUAUUUUUUAUUUAGUAGGAGAAAUAAAAUUAUGUAAAAUAGUGAAUUGAAAAAAAUAUGUCUUGUAUUACAGUAUAUUUACAUGUUAUUCCAUUUACAUUGUGGUUUAUUCAACAUGAGAUCAACUUUAUAGAUCAUUUGCCUUGGUCCUGUCCAUUAUUUGUCCAUGCACUGUAUUUUAAAUCUGUA